AAUAUUUGAACUAGUUUUUAAUGAAAUCAAGUGGAUAUUCACAGGCUUGUGAACAGCUUAUCUCCAAAUUCGCUUAUCGUCGACGUAAUAGCAUAGCACUCGUUAGAAGACCGCAGUGAGAAAAAAAUGUUCUUUGUAAAAGCAUCUCUACUGGUGCUGCUGGUGCAGUUGACUUUGACUACUCAUUGUCAUGGUGCGAAGAUCCUGGGUGUUUUUCCAUACCCCUCAAAGAGUCAUUUUAUUCUAGGCCGAACGCUCCUGAAGGAGUUGGCGGCGCGUGGUCACGAGGUGACAAUGAUCUCACCGUUUCCUCUCGACAAACCAUUGAAGAAUUAUAAAGAUGUGCAUAUGAGCAGAGUGAUGGAAUGGAAAUAUGGAAUCAUGAAGGAGAUGGGAGAUCCAGAGUUGGGUGUAGUCAGGAAAUUGUUAACGUUCUACGGUAACCUUCCUCAAGCGGUGAAGAUGAUUUACGAGGAGCCAGAGUUAAACGAAUUGCUGAAAUCCGGGGAAAAGUUCGACGUUGCAAUCAAUAUGAUGGGAUACACAGAGGCGAUUCUCGGUAUCGGCCACCUUCUGAAUGCCACGAACAUCGGGUUUAGCAUAAUGGGGGGAAUGCCUGUCUACAAUUACCAUUCAGGCAUCCCGUCGCCGUACGCGUACGUCCCAAACACCUUCUACAUCUAUAACGAUAAAAUGAACUUCCUUCAACGAGUCAUGAACACCAUCGUCAGCUUAACUUUCAACAUGUUGGUACACUUUAGCCACUACCCUAAGCAACGAGAAACCCUCAAGGAAUACCAUCCAACCUUAGAGCUAAACGACUUGAUCAGAGACGUAGACCUCUAUCUGAUCAAUUCACAUUUUGCCACUGAGAGUCCUCGACCACAUCUAACUAACACCAUCCAGAUCGGCGGAUUCCAUUUAUACGAGAAAGAAAAGCUUCCUUCGGAUCUGAAACAAUUCAUGGAUGAGUCAAAGCAUGGUGUCAUCCUCUUCAGUCUCGGUGCAAACAUCCAAAUCGCUAAGCUAAAACCUGAAACUAUUCAGAACAUCAUCUCAGCCUUCUCUAAAUCCAAGUACGAUUUCGUCAUGAAAUAUGAAAAGGAUAUGCCGAAUCUUCCAAAAAACAUCAAAGUAAGCAACUGGCUACCACAAAAAGCCAUUCUAGAACAUCCAAAAUGCAAAGCUUUCUUCACGCAUGGUGGUUUGGGAGGCACCGCUGAAGCAGUUUAUAACGGUGUUCCAAUGGUUGCAAUUCCCUUCUUCGGCGAUCAACGUAAGAAUGUAGCGGAUGGUCUGGAUUUUGGGUAUACAAUCGAAUUGUCAUUCACGAACAUCACCGAGAGUUCUAUGACGGAAGCGAUAAACGAGAUCACCGGGAACGCGAAAUACGCAUCCGCGGCUAAAUUUCGCUCGGACAUUUACAGAAACCAAGAGAUAAAUCCAAUGGAUAAGGCUGUUUUCUGGAUUGAGCAUGUUGCGAAGCAUAGGGGUGCUAAACAUAUGAAACCUAUGGCCACCGAAUUAGCAUGGUAUCAAUAUAUGUUGAUCGACGUCUUCGCCUUCCUUGCAGCAAUUGUACUGCUCACUCUGAGUAUAAUUUACCUCAUUAUCAAGACAUUAAUAAGACUCUGCAAAAAGUCUUCGAAUAAAUUAAAAGCUUUGUAA